AAAAGUUUGCAUGCCCCACCUCCCUGCAUGCUGCCUUAUAGGGUGGCAGCCCCACAGGGCAGAUGUCUGAGAAGACACAGAAGCCCUGCUUUGCUGUCCAUCCUACAGGCCAUGGCAGCCCUGGCAGCAGGAGUAUCCAAGCAACGCGCAGCUGCUGAGGGUCUUGGCUCUAACCAGAAUGCUGUGAAGUAUUUGGGCCAAGACUUUGAGACCCUGAGAAAACAAUGCUUGAGCUCAGGGGUCCUAUUUAAAGAUCCAGAGUUCCCAGCAUGUCCAUCAGCUUUGGGCUACAGGGAUCUGGGGCCCAGCUCUCCCCAAACUCAAGGCAUCAUAUGGAAACGACCCACGGAAUUGUGUUCCAACCCUCAGUUUAUUGUUGGUGGAGCCACACGCACAGACAUCUGCCAAGGGGGUCUAGGUGACUGUUGGCUUCUGGCAGCCAUUGCCUCCCUCACCUUGAAUGAAAAGCUGCUUUACCGAGUGGUCCCCCCAGACCAGAGCUUCCAGAAGAACUACGCAGGCAUUUUUCAUUUCCAGUUCUGGCAGUAUGGAGAGUGGGUGGAUGUGGUCAUUGACGACAGACUCCCCACCAAGAAUGGACAGCUGCUCUUUCUGCACUCAGAAGAAGGCAGUGAAUUCUGGAGCGCUCUGCUGGAGAAAGCCUAUGCCAAGCUCAAUGGUUCCUAUGAGGCUCUUGCUGGAGGCUCCACAAUUGAGGGAUUUGAAGAUUUCACAGGUGGCAUCUCUGAGUUUUAUGACUUGAGGAAGCCUCCAGGCGCUCUGUACCACAUCAUCAGGAAAGCCCUCCGAGCUGGCUCUCUGUUGGGUUGUUCCAUUGAUGUCUCAAGUGCAGCCGAAGCGGAAGCUACCACCAAGCAAAAGCUGGUUAAGGGUCAUGCAUACUCUGUUACUGGAGUCGAAGAGGUGGAUUUCCGUGGCCGCCCAGAGAAGCUGAUCAGACUGAGGAACCCAUGGGGUGAAGUGGAAUGGUCAGGAGCCUGGAGUGAUGCUGCACCUGAGUGGAAUCACAUAGAUCCCCGGAAGAAGGAAGAGCUGGACAAGACAGCAGAGGAUGGAGAGUUCUGGAUGUCCUUUUCAGACUUCUUGAAGCAGUUCUCUCGACUGGAGAUAUGCAACCUGUCCCCAGACUCUCUGAGCAGUGACGAGAUCCACAAAUGGAACCUGGUGCUCUUCAAUGGCCGCUGGACACGAGGCUCUACAGCAGGGGGCUGCCAGAACUACCCAGCCACUUACUGGACCAACCCCCAGUUCAAAAUCCAUCUGGACGAGGUGGAUGAGGACCAGGAGGAGGGCACCAGUGAAUCCUGCUGUACUGUGCUGCUGGGUCUGAUGCAGAAGAAUCGCAGAUGGCAAAAGAGGAUCGGCCAGGGCAUGCUCAGCAUAGGUUUUGCUAUCUACCAGAUUCCCAAGGAGCUGGAGAGUCACACGGAGGCACACCUGGGCCCGGACUUCUUCCAGGGCCACCAGCCCUCUGCCCACUCCAGCACCUACAUGAACCUUCGGGAAGUGUCCAGCCGGGUCCGACUACCCCCAGGACAGUACCUGGUGGUGCCAUCCACCUUUGAGCCCUUCAAGGAUGGUGAAUUCUGCUUGAGGGUGUUCUCAGAGACGAAGGCCAAGGCUCUGGAAAUUGGGGAUGCUGUAGCUGGAAACCCUCAGGAGCCGCAUCCAUGUGACAUGGACCCAGAAGAUGAGCAUUUCCAGAGCCUGUUUGAGGAGUUUGCAGGCAAGGAUUCUGAGAUCGGUGCUAAUCAACUCAAGAGAGUUCUGAAUGGAGUGUUUUCCACAGGAACAGGCAUGAAAUUUGAUGGAUUCAACAUCAACACUUGCAGAGAAAUGAUCAGCCUGCUGGAUAGUGAUGGGACUGGAACCCUGAGACCUGAGGAGCUCAAGACACUCUGGCUGAAAAUUCACAAGUAUCUGGAGAUCUUCCAGGAAAUAGACCACGACCAUGUAGGGACCAUUGAUGUCUAUGAGAUGAGAACAGCUCUCAAGAAAGCAGGUUUCACUCUCAACAACCAGGUACAGGAGACUAUUGCCAUGAGGUAUGCGUGCAGCAAGUUUGGCAUUGACUUUGAUGGUUUUGUGGCUUGUGUGAUUCGCCUGGAGAACCUGUUCAAACUGUUCAGGCUUUUGGAUAAGGACCAGAAUGGCACUGUCCAGCUCUCUCGGGCUGAGUGGCUGUGCUGUGUGCUGGUCUGACCUGGUGUUUAGGACAUCAACAACUUCCCUGCCUUCCUCUUGUCUCUUUGCAAUCUUAUGAACACAGAUCCUCAAGUGACAUUUUCUGAUUGUUGUAUUGUUCCAGAUAAUCACUGUUCCCGAGACACUGGUCUGUUUCAACAGAGCAGGUGGGGAGCCCUGGAUCUCUCAACAGCAUGGAACUAUGAGCUGUUUGAGCUGAUCUCAGGGCCCAGUGGAAGGAAAUCAAUCAAUUGAAGUUAUGGGCCAGAACGGAUUCUGCUGUCCUCUAGAGAUGAGGAAUGAUGGGCAACCUAGGCUUUACCUGUGAUGGGAAAAGAUAUGACUCUAAGCUACCAGGAGGCUGAAAAGAUGGAUGCUUUCUUGGAGGGGAGACCUGCUGGAAACAGGGCUACUUCUGAGGGCCCGAGGGGAAAGAGGCAGCAAUUUAGCUAUGCUAAGAAAGAGCACAGGCCUUUCUAGAGAAAGUGUGUCACUCUGGGUAGGCUUUGAGAGCUUAAACUGUGCUUGUGGUUCAA